GCUGACCUUAAUUUAUACCAAACUGAACCUAACCUACGCUUAUAACCAUAUAAUAUAUGGUUUGGGAGAUAAUUUGUGGCACUUGCCUAGUGGUUUACACUCCACAGGCACACAGGAAAAACGUCGCCACCAAGCCCCGCACACACACGUAUGCGUCGUCGCGGGCCCUGCGGCGACCGGCAAGCUUAUAAAACGGAGAGCGCGCCCCCGAGAAGCGCACGACUCCACCCGCAACCACCGCUCCUCAUCUAAGCUCCGUCGACAAACCAACAAAGAAUCCAAAAAGAAUCAGACGCCCAGGCCACCAUGGCGAACCCAUCCACGAGCUCGAGGCCGCCAUGCGCGGCUCCCAGUGGCACCAAGCUCACCUGCCUAUGCUCGCCGACGAACCACCCGGGCUCCUUCCGCUGCACCCGCCACCGCAACCCACGGGGCCGACCGCAGACGUCGUCGCCGCCGUCGUCCAGCCGGGCGGCUUUGGGCGCCAGCGCAACGGUGCGCGUCGAGGGGAUCACCAGGAGCGGUGACGUCGCUGCGGGAGGCAGGACAGGCAAGGGCCGGUCCGUCCUGCGCGCGCACCUGCUGCGGCUGGUCAGCCUGCCGUCCUCCGGCGGCAGCGACCACCGCCGCUGCCGCGACUUCAAGCCCCAGCCGUCCAGGCUGGGCCGCCUAACCGUGACCGCGUGACGGCGGCCGGCCGCUGCUCACCUGCUCUGCUUCGCAGCUGGUAGUACGCAGCUCACUAGUCACUAGUGGUGAACGGUGCGCCUCUAUUUCGCGCGCACCGAUGCUUGGAUCCGUUUAUCCAGCAGAUUCUCCCUCCGUUUAUUUUUAUAAAUUGUUUCAGAUAACUGAAAAGGAGCUAAUUUAAACCUUGUCUGAAAUGUCUUCAAAGCCUUAGGGCAUGUACAAUGGUUCUAUCUUAGCAAUGCCACGUAGGAUAAAUGAUGAGGUGGAGGAGAGAGAAAUCAUAAGAGAAGGCUUGUCUUCUCUUAAUUAAGAGAAGGCAAGAGAUGAUCUCUUAGCACAAUAUGUCUCACCAUAUUUUUAGGAAUAACUAGUUAUUGAAGAUAAGGCUAAGAGAUGACCCAUUGUAGACAUGUUUUUUUGUUAUCUCUAAAUUACAUGCAAGAUUUAAGAUAAGACCGCUUUAUCAACCAUUGUACAUGCCCUUAUAAAAGUGAACAGAGGGAGUACUACUCCUUGUAUGAAUCUGUACACAUGUUCAUUUGUAAUUUUUGCAGAGGAAUGAAAUGGAUUAGUAGUUUCUGUGUUA